UUAUUUACUAUAAUGUCCUUGUCACUCAAGUCCUUUGUUCAAAAUUCUAAGCUCCUUUCUGGUUUGGUCAAGCCUCUUGCUUCUGCUUAUGCCAACACUGCCGGUUACAGACAAAUCGGUCUCAAGUACGAUGACUUGGUUUCAGAGGAAAGUGAAUUAGUUCAAGAAGCUCUCCGUCGUUUUGAAAUUGCCGAACCUCGUGCUGCUUACGAUCGUGCUUACCGUAUUCGUGUUGCUCAACAAUGUUCUUUGACUCACACACUCUUGCCCAAGGAACAAUGGGUCAAGCCAGAAGAGGACAAGAGAUAUCUUCAACCUUAUAUCAACCAAGUUGCUGCUGAACGUGCUGAACGUGAAGCCUUUGACAACAUCAAGGUUACUCCUCGCCACUAG